AUGAAGCAAUCAAAAAAGGUUGCCAAAGUUGCUUAUAAAGGAUUGAAGGAGUUGGUUAAGUUUGGAAAGUUUGCUGAAGUUGAAAACAUUCCUGCUGCUAGUUCCAUUAAUGCUGAGAUUGCCGAGGAACACGUGACACCUAAACCAAAAUAUCAAUUCGCCUUUGAAGAAAUUGAAGUAUCUGAUGAUGAAGAAGAAGAGGAUCAAGAAAAGGAAUUGUCAGAAAAUGAGUUUGAAAAUUUCAUUCAACAAAGUAUUUCAAUUCUUGAUGAGGAUGUAGUUGUUACACCUUCGAGCGUGCCUGAAAGGGAAAGGGACAUAAUAGUGCAAUCUUCCUCAUCUACCCCUGAACAGAUGUAUGCUCUUACUGCAGAACUUCAGCGAGCUGCAAGGAAGCGUCCCCAAACAGUUCAUGUUGAUACUGAACCUCCAUCUGGAAGUGAUCUAGAAGACUCCAUCCACGCUUUACUCCCAAGGAAGCGUAAAAGAAGAGAUCCUAGGUCGGGAGUGCUUAUCACAAAAUCUAUUCAAAAGGAAUCUACACCGAUUGAGCCUGUCUCUAUGGCUCAAAACAUACCAAGCCCAGUCACUGAGUCCACUCUAGUGAUUCAAGAGAUUUCAAGCCCACUACCGGAGUCCACUCCUAUGGAUUAG